AUGGUGGAGGAUGACGAUAGCAGUGAUGAUGAGUGUGAUGUGGAGGGUGAUGAUGAGUUGUCUUUUCAUGAGUUGUUUUUCGACGGUCAUCCCGGAGGUUCGAGUGAUCAUGUGUCUACUGGCUCGACCCAUGGCAGUACUCUUGUUGGGCCGCUACGCGGCAAGGAUGGGCGUUUUGCUUCGUCCUCUGAUGGGAGCAGGCCUUCACGGAAGAAACCGAGGGACGAGACGUGGCUGCUUACAAAAGAAGCUCCAGGAGGCCCUAGGGAUAUCAGUUUGAUCCCUAGUUUCGGUGGUCACAUAGCUCAUCGCUUGUGGACAUCGAGUUUGGAUUCUCGGAAGAUGUCUGUUUUCCAGUUCUACGCUCGACAGGGUGGAGUGGAUCGAUUGAGGACGUUUAGAUGUUGGAUAUUUGUUAAGGUUGAUGUUGGAUAUUUGUUAAUGUUGAUGUUGGAUAUUUUGUUAAGGUUGAUGUUGGAUAUUUCUUAA